UCAAUUGCCCCAGAGGCAUGGCUGGGGUUUGCAUAAAAAAAAAAGAAAAGAAAAAUGGAUCUUUUCCUUGCGCUAGUAGCCGGCAGGAUGAGGCCGGCGAGCAACGCCGAAAGGAGACUUCAUAGGUACACCUUGCAAAGCACCGAUCUGAAGGUUUCCCCAACUUCGGCAAAAGGAGGAAAAGGAAACAGCGGAGCUGGCGGAUCAGACUCCCUCCCUCGACCCGAGCCAACUUCAUUUGCAAGAAAAUAGGAAUCUGCCCCUUGGUCCAUCGAGCUCAGUAUUGUCCACAAACCCUGGCAGCAAUCGCUCUCCAGUUUUUCAGGCAGCGAGUCUCUCCCAGCCCAGCCUUUGGAGAUAGAUGCUUUGAGGCACUGAACCCGGAUUAAUGCUUAAUAUGAAACUAAACGGCCCGAGGUUUUCCCUCAGACGGAGGUUUUUCCCCCCUCAGGUCAAAUAGAAUCCUACCCGUUUCCCGCCUAAAAUCAGCGCCCGCCUGAGGAGAGCGUCGGAGUCGACCGUUGAAUUUAGGCGGGAAGCGGGCAGGCUUCUAUUCGACCUGAAGGGAAGCUUCGUCUGAGGGAAAUUGCGGCUUUCCUUCCCGCCGUUGCAAAACUCCCCCAGAUAUAUAGGGAAAGAGGGAAACAAAUGUCCCCAGUGCUUGCCCCAAUUUCGAGACAGCCUACAGCCUAAUUAGAGGUCUGGAGAAGCUUAGUUUCUUCUCAGUUUGAAAAUAGCCCUCCUCUGAUCUGAUCCUCAAGGGAAACGCGCUCAGGGACACUUCAGCUGCCCUUCACGCGUUGCAGGGGUCGCUUAGUAUUCAUUUCUUAAAUUUAUAAUCCCGCCCUUCAUUGCAAAUGAGCCCAGGGAGGCAAAUACUUCUGUAAUAAAACAAUACAAUUAACGACUAAACAAACAAACAAAAAAAGAACUUCCAAAAGCAGUUAAAAAACCUCUGUGGAGAAAUUCACCUGCUCUCACAGCUAAACAUUUCAUUUUUUUUCCAAAUAAUAUUUAUUAGUAGUUUCAGAGUUAUAAAAAGAAAAAAAAACAUUAAAAAAACAACACUAUAAUACAUAAAAAGAAGGAAAAACAAAACAAAACACAAAAACCAAUACAACAAUACAACAAAAAGAAAAAAGAAAACAACACAAAUCCCAAAUUACAUAUCUAAAACUUCCAUUUGCUUGUUUCAUUGACUUCCUCACACCUCCCUUUUUGUAUUCUAGUUUAAUUAGUUAUUUCAGCAAAUUCUUUCCAUCUUUCUCAAUUUUUGUUAAAAAAUUUAUCCUAACCUAAUUUAACCUAAUAAUUAGCUCAACAAAUCCUUUCCAUCUUUCCCCAUAUUCUACUAUUCACAUUACCUUAAUUUAUUUAACCUUAUCUUACCCUAAAAUACCUUAAAGCUUGAAUCUUAGUUAUCAAAUGUACAUUACUCCUGAUAUCAUUUCUGCUAAAGUCAUAUAGUUUCAUUCCAACAUUUUCCCUAAUAUUCAUUAAUUUUUAGCCAAUUCCCUAAAUAGAAAAUUUUCUUUAUAAAUUUUCUUCCAAUCUUCAUCCAACGUCCCUUCUUCCUGGUCUCGGAUCGUGUCAGUCCUUACUGUCCAUUCCAUCUAGUCCAUCAACCUGGAAGCCUUAUGUCCGAGGCCCUUAAGUCUCUUCCAUGUCCCUUCUGCAAUUCUUCUUCUUGUUGUUUAUACUUGCCCUUUUCCUUGCCUUUUGUUGGUCUCUUUCUUAGUUUCUUUCCUUUCUCAUUGAGGGGUAGGCCUCUGGGGGAUUCCAAGCCAAAAUUGUCUCCAUCUCCCUUCAUCAAACCCGCCCAUUCCCCACAGUCCCACUCCCCACAAUCCUCAAUACAGCUAAACAUUUCAGGGAUUGUGUCCAACUUAAGUCCUGCUCAGGGUAAACCCGUGGGAUUUUAUUGAUUUAAAUGAGUCACACCCACUAACUUAUUGUAUGGUACAUACAGUGUAUGUAUAAUUGUUGGAAACCACUUGGAUAUUGUUAUGAGUAUAUACACAUUUAUUAAAAAUAAAUAACCCUCUGUGGGUCUGCUCCGAGUAGGACUAGCAUUGGUGCAACCCAGAAUUGCCACGGACAGUAUCUGUCAGCCUUCAAAUGCACCGGAUCAGGGGUCAGCAAACUUUUUCGGCAGGGGGCCAGUCCACUGUCCCUCAGGCCUUGUGGUGGGCCAGACUAUAUUUUGGGGGAAAAAUGAACGAAUUCCUAUGCCCCACAAAUAACCCAGAGAUGCAUUUUAAAUAAAAGCACACAUUCUAUUCAUGUAAAAGCACGCUGUUUCCCGGACCGUCCGCAGGCCGGAUUUAGAAGGCAAUUGGGCCGGCUCCGGCUCCUGAGCCUUAGUUUGCCUACCCAUGCACUGGAUAAACGGGAAAGUUUUGAAUUACUCCUAAAGGUUGCAGACAGACACACCUCACUAGGGAGGGCAUCAUGGGCAUAACGGGGGGGGGGACUGUUCCCCCCCUCAAAAAAAUCAGUACAAAUCAAUACAAAAAUGAGUUUCUAUCCCCCACUAACAAAAGUUUGCAUCCCUUAACAAAAGCCUGCUCCUCACCCACAUUUGUACCUAAGGUUUUGAGUUGUGGCAAAAAAUAUGAGACCUGAACUUCUGACAUGGCUGAGUGUUUUAUCACGAGUGGCCAGAGGUUCUUGCUGUGAACAUAAAAAAAUUGCUUGUGUAAUAUCUUUCAAGAACAGCAUUCAUUUAACUUCUGUCAGGAACUGAAUGAUCUGGGUGCCAGCAGCUGUAUGGUCCCCCAAUCAUAGAGUUGUAGAACUGUAGAGUUGGAAGGGAUCCCAAUGGUAAUCUAGUCCAACCCCCUGCAAUGCAGGAAUCUUUUUGCUCAACCUGGGGCUCAAACCUGGAAGACUAUACAAUUCUUUAUAAUAUUAUUAUGUUUCAAAGCAGUAACUGAACCAAUUUCUAAUACUCAGAAAAUGUGAUUCUCAGUAAGAAGUGAAGCUUUAUGCUUUAUCCCUGCGUGUCACACUCAUUAACUUUGUACAGUACAUAUACUGAGUCACAUAGACCAUUAGUCUCCCUUCCUCUGUCCUAGUUUAAGGCAAAGGCUUUUUUCUAGCCUGCCAUCUGAGUGCUUUUUAUUUCAAGUAUGUUUGUAACUGGGAAUGAGGUAGGAGAAGAAAUUUACCUGGGAAUGUGGUAGGGAAAUAAUAUUGUUCAUUGCCUUGAGUAACAUGGAUGAAAGAUGCUGACUAAAUUAUAAAUGUUGUUGUUUAGUUGUUUAGUCGUGUCCGACUCUUCGUGACCCCGUGGACCAGAGCACGCCAGGCACUUCUGUCUUCCACUGCCUCCCGCAGUUUGGUCAGACUCAUGUUUGUAGCUUCGAGAACACUGUCCAACCAUCUCGUCCUCUGUCAUCCCCUUCUCCUUGUGCACUCAAUCUUUCCCAACAUCAGGGUCUUUUCCAGGGAGUCUUCUCUUCUCAUGAGGUGGCCAAAGUAUUGGAGCCUCAGCUUCACGAUCUGUCCUUCCAGUGAGCACUCAGGGCUAAUUUCCUUAAGAAUGAAUGCGUUUGAUCUUCUUGCAUUCCAUGGGACUCUCAAGAGUUUCCUCCAGCACCAUAAUUCAAAAGCAUCAAUUCUUCGGCGAUCAGCCUUCUUUAUGGUCCAGCUGUCACUUCCAUACAUCACUACUGGGAAAACCAUGGCUUUAACUAUACGGACCUUUGUUGGCAAGGUGAUGUCUCUGCUUUUUAAGAUGCUGUCUAGGUUUGCCAUCGCCUUUCUCCCAAGGAGCAGGCGUCUUUUAAUUUCGUGACUGCUGUCACCAAAUUAAAAUACAAUUAUUCUAAUCAGUGGCAUGUGAAUAAAAGGCAGCUAAAACUAUUACACACACUCAGGUAAGCCAUAGCUGUUGAAUAGUGCAUAAGUAGGCAAACUAAGGCCCGGGGGCCGGAUCCGGCCCAAUUGCCUUAUAAAUCUGGCCCAUGGACGAGUACUGGAAUCAGCGUGUUUCUACAUGAGUAGAAUGUGUGCUUUUAUUUAAAAUGCAUCUCUGGGUUAUUUGUGGGGCAUAGGAAUUUGUUCUUUUCUUUCCCCCAAAAAAUAUAGUCCGGCCUCCCACAAGGUCUGGGGGACUGUGGACCGGCCCCCUGUUGAAAAAGUUUGCUGACCCUUGGCGUAGGUCAAUCUUGAAAAUCAGCCUCCAAAGCUUAAUGGUCUUCAAAAACUUUUGCUAGCCUGCCAUAUAUAUGGUAAUCAUUUGGAGUCUAAAACUGGGGCAGCCAGGGAACAGCUGAAAUCCCUGGUUGCCUAGAAGUACUGUAACUCUUUCUUAUCACAGGCAUAUCUGUCUUCCUGUAGGUCCAAUACUCCUUGGAAAACAGUUAACUGAACGAAUAUGGCUACUGCUCAACUCUUGCAUAUUGGGCAGAAGCCCAAAACUUUGAAGGUACAAAGCAAACCUGUAGUAUUAUUUUAAGAAGAAAAUGUAGACCUCCAAUUUAUUUAUUUGUCUUCUAAAGCAAAUAGGAAAUAUGUUUUCAUCAUUUUCAGGAAACAUCUCUGUUUCCAAACAGAGUUGCCACUGAGCAGCAGUCUAUGGUUUUGGUGAAAAGGCUGCUAGCAGUUUCAAUCUCCUGCAUAACUUACCUCCGAGGGCUCUUCCCAGAAAGCUCUUAUGGAACCUGCUAUUUAGAUGGUAACUUUUGCUGCCUUUGCCUUUUCUGUUUCAUUGAGCUCUUCAGUUAUUACAUGUCAGGCUUAUCCACACUGAAGUUUAGGGAUGCUGGUGGUGCUGUGGUCUAAACCACUGAGCCUCUUGGGCUUGCUGAUCAGAAGGUGGGCAGUUGGAAUCUGCAUGAUGGGGUGAGCUCCUGUUGCUCUGUCCCAGUUCCUGCCAACCUAGCAGUUUGAAAGCACACCGGUGCAAGUAGAUAAAUACCGUAGGUACCCCUGUGGUGGGAAGGUAAACGGUGUUUCCAUGUGCUCUGGUUUCCAUCACGGUGUCCCGUUGUGCCAGAAGCAGUUUAGUCAUGCUGGCCACAUGACCUGGAAAGCUGUCUGUGGACAAACGCCGGCUCCCUUGGCCUGAAAGCGAGAUGAGCGCCACAACCCCAUAGUUGCCUUCGACUGGACUUAACCGUCCAGGGGUCCUUUACCUCUUUACCUUACAUUGAAGCUUAAUGUGGAUUUGAUGCUGCUCUCUCUGUCUUUGUCUCUGUCUCUCUGUUUGCAAAUAUAGUGAGAUGUACACGUAGAAAAAUAACAAUACUUCUGAGUUCCAACGGAAGAGCAGUUAGGUUGAACUUGAAGCCACUUGUCCGGAAGCAGCCAAUAUUUGGUAGCUGGAGAUCAACUUGGCAAACACCAGUUAACUGCAUUGUUUUUCUUCCUCCAGACAUGUGCCUAAAAAUUCUUCGAGAAGAUAAAAGCUGCCAGGGUUCACUCCAGAUAGUCAAGUGGUAAGAAACAGAAAUCCCAAAUGAUCAAGAAGAUACCAUAGUGGAUAUUGAUUGUAGCAGAUGCCUGGCUCUGCACAAACUCUCUACAUACAUCCCCAACCAAGGAUGGUACAAAAACCAGAGAUUUAUAUAAUCCUUACUAUUGAUCAACUGGGCACAGGUUUUACAUUCCAGAGCAUUCCUUCAUUUUGUUUGCUAUGAGCUCUAAACUCCAUUUGGCAACUAAGAAUGUUACCACUAUAUAUAUUUGGAUGAAUGUUCAUUCAUUAAUAUAUCUGCUCCAGCAGGAUUCAAGGGUGCUUUGAUGCGCUGGAAAAGAACUAUGUAAGUUUUGAUUUCAUUUAUAUUAAACCGUGUUUUAAGUAUCAUGAGAUUUCACCACAAGGUUACAGAAGGCAGGGGAACCUCACUGCAAAAUUGUCUGCUCUUCACCUCUUGCCUUGAAUGAAUUGUCUUGACCAAAGAAAACUGUUCCUCUAGAGAUGUAAGGUUUGCCUAUGCCAUGUCUGCAACUGGAGUAAAUAUGGAGCUGUCCAUGAAUCAAAUCAAUUUGCAGACUAUUCUGCUGCAUGUUGUGCCUGAUAGUAAUUCAAUAAGUAAGUUUGAACCAGACUUGUAAUAUAUAUAUUAUGAUAAUAAAAAAAUUAGAUGACCAUAUCCCAGUCCAAAAGUGCUGCUUGAUAUGCAGAUAUUGAACAGAUGAAGUUUUUCUCUAAAGAUGGAGAUUCACUGACAGGAAAAUCACAUUUGCAAAAACAGUUGUCAAAGCAUCAUUUAAAGAAAAAGAUACCUGUCCUAGGUACUUUUCUUUGCUUAGUGCUUGUUACUUUGGUUGCUUAUUUUUUUAAAGUUAUAAUGCUAGUUCUUUUGCUAUAUAUCGAUGGCCAGGCCAAACACUCCGCAGGAUCUCCUGACAUUUUUUUUAAGCUUAAAGCAUUCACAAUAAGUUCUGGUUUUGAUCAGAGCAGAGGUGCAGGGAAAAUAUUUAAGAGGGGUGCACAGCAAUUACAAGGUUCUAUUUGUAUUUGUAGCAUUUAGAAGCAACCCAGUCUCUUUUGGAUCUGUUCUGUGUCAUUCUGUAUUGAUUUAUUAUUCAGGUCCAGGUCUGAUGUUAAAUCUGAAAAUCUGUUUCAUCCCUGUUUUUUUUUAAAGCAAUUUAUUGGAUUUUACAAUAAGAAUAAGUGUAAUAAACAAUAUAACAUUCGUCUUAACAUAAUUUCACAUUUUCUUUGGACUUCCUCACACCUCCCGCUCCCACCUUCAUCAUUAUAACAUUUUGUCAGCAAUUUAUCAUCUUAUUUAAGUUCUUAUAUCUCUUUGGUAUUUCAUAAUCUUAAAGUUCUCAUAAAGAGUUAAACUUUCACAGUUUUUCUUACUUUCUUAAAAACUUCUAAGUUAAGUGGUGCUCAGUUAUUUAGUCUAGCAUCUUAUUCAGCAUUCAGUCAAAUCACAAUGUUUUUGUAGAUAGUUCUUAAAUUUCUUCCAAUCCUCCUCGAUUCUCUCUUCUCCCAGGUCACGGAUUCUGCCAGUCAUUUCAGCCAGUUGCAUAUAGUCUAUCAGUUGCAUCUGCCAUUCUUCCAGUGUGGGUAGAUCUUGAGUUUUCCAAUGUUUUGCGAGUAGUAUCCUUGCUGCUGUUGUUGCAUACAUAAAAAUGUCUGGUCCUUCUUUGCCACCCCUUGGCUGACAAUACCCAAAAGGAAAGCCUCUGGUUUCUUAGUGAAAGUAUAUUUAAAUACCUUUUUCAAUUCAUUAUAAAUCAUUUCCCAGAACGCCUUCACUUUAGGGCAGGUCCACCAGAGGUGAAAGAACGUUCCUUCACACUCUUUACAUUUCCAGCACUUGUUAUCAGACAGGUGGUAAAUUUUUGCGAGUUUGACUGGGGUCAUAUACCAUCUAUAAAUCAUUUUCAUUACAUUUUCUUUCAAAGCAUUACAUGCAGUAAAUUUCAAUCCAUUACUCCACAGCCUUUCCCAGUCCUCAAACAUAAUAUUAUGCCCAAUAUCCUGUGCCCACCUUAUCAUAGCCGAUUUGACCAUUUCAUCUUGUGUAUUCCAUUCCAACAGCAAGUUAUACAUCCUUGAAAGUAUCUUAGUCUUUGGUUCUAACAAUUCUGUUUCUAAUUUCGAUUUCUCCACCUGGAACCCUAGUCAUCCCUGUUGACUAUAAUAGAGAAUCUAAAAAUAACUACAACACAUUUUCCUUUUCACAUAAGUAGAUGAAAUUAUGUUGAGAAUGUGAAAUCAUGACCUGACUCACCCUCAUUUGCCUCCUUAUUUGGUGUACAUACAGAGGCAGCACAUUUUUCGUCCUUUCCCACCGUGCUGCCCCUGAAGCUGCUAUUAAUCUCUCUCUCUGUGUGUGUGUAGGGGUUGGGGAUUAGGCACAAUACAAGUACCCAUUUCCCUCUUCCUCUGGGGGCCGAAAAGAAGUGUGUGUGAUUUAGCACAUUACCCCGCACCUGCAUUCAUAAAAUCCCCCACAACCACUUCAAAGGUAAAAGGUAAAAAGAAGUCGGCAGAUCUAAUUUGAAAGUAGUUGAGAUAUACCAAACACUGGGUUAAGACUGCCUUUUUCAGUUGCAUGUGGUACAGAAACCGAUUUUAUAAGAUUUAUACAGGUGGGUGCAACUAAGAAAAGAAAUAUACCGGUAAACCUAAAGCUACCCUUUUAUGUGUAAUUAAUCCAAUUGGCCACAAGAUGUCAGUGAUGUUUCUUGCAGUUCCAUCUACUACUCUAAGUGGGAAAAAUACUAUAUUGGCACCAGUGAGGGGUCUCUCUCCCCCAUCCUUUGGGAUGGAGAUUUACAUCAGGACCACAGCUCAGGAGGGAAAGUUUAACACACCCACCCCAUAUGCUGUAGUCUCAUUUCUGAUAAGUCCUUCCCAGCAACUGCUAUUUACAGUAAAGACAAUUUUUGCAAUGCUAAAUCACGUGUAAAAUGGCAUUUGAGAUAUUUCUUUGAGUAAACAAUUUAGACUUGAAAAAUUGCAUUGUUCACUCGCCAAGAUACCGCAACACAUCCAAGUAAAAAAAAGCUGGUUCCCCCGCCCCCUCAGCCCUGAGCUAUUGGAAAUAGUAGCAGUUGAAGGGAAGAAACGAUGGGGACAUUUUAAAAUGAAAUGCUGAUUUUUGAUCCCUCAUUUGUUUUUUUGUUUGUUUUCCAGCUACAUAUGGCUGUCUUAACAGUAAGUAGUACAUGAAAUCAAUUCACAGAGGAUUUCCUCUUCCUCUGUUUGGAAAGAACAAAUACUAACUUGGCCUCACCUGCCUUGGGCAAAGAUUAAGAUAUCUCAACAAUGUAUUUUACCUCAAUAUCUGAACACUUUGCUCAAGUUUUACUUCCCACUGUGAUGUACACUCCGUAAUCUCUAACUUGUUUGAAUAUGUUUACAAGUGCCAUCUUUACACACCUACAUCUUUUUAUAAGGUUUAAUACCAGUUCAGUUUGCACCAGUCUCCACCCACCCCAAGCCUCUGCGUAUUGUAGUUUGGUGAAAGUGCUGAAAAUUCUUUAUUAGAAGUUUUAAGUUAUUUCAUUAAACUACAGUUCACUGUACAGCUCCGGGCCAGCCCAAUACAUUUUGGCACCUGAGGCGAACCACAAAAUAGUAUGUCCCCCACCCUCAGCCAGGGAAGAAGGGUUGAGUGAAGAUUUACACUGGGAACAAGGGCGGGAGGAGAUCAGGAGGGCCUCCUAUGGGUCAAAGCCUCUACAGCAGGCAUAGGCAAACUCGGCCUCCAGAAGUUUUGGGACUACAACUCCCAUCAUCCCUAGCUCACAGGACCAGUGGUCAGGGAUGAUGGGAGUUGUAGUCCCAAAACAUCUGGAGGGCCGAGUUUGCCUAUGCCUGCUCUACAGCCUCUACAGAGGCAGCACUGGGGAAGCAGAUGAUCUGACCUCCAAACACAGCAGCAGGUGAUGCAUUCCAUGGAGGCCGGAUCUGCUGCUCCUGUGGAUCCUGCCACCUGAGGCGGUCACCUCACCUUGCCUCAUGCAGGAGGGGCAGCAGCCCUGGUACAGCUGAUAAAUCACAGACAAUAAGUUUGUUAAAUGUAGGAUUUCUUUAUUUUCUAUUGACACAGUAAACAAAAGCAGACUAAUGUUUAAUCACAGAUACUGAGUUUAUUGUAGAUUUUGUUGCUAACAACAACUAACUAACUAACUAACUAACUAACUAAAUAAAUAAACAUAAUAGAUUUGCUGUUGGAGUUUGGAGGGAUGAAGAGGGUCUUUUUCUUUUCUUUUUUUAAAGAUAUUUAUUAAAGUUUCAGCAUAUUACAAAAAUAAGAGGGGGGGGAGUAAAAGAAAAGAAAAAAAAAUGAAAAUACAAAGUAAAAACAGUUAAAAACAAAUCAAUCUUUCCAUAUCUUAUCAUUCAUUUGCUUGUUUCCCUGACCUCCUCACACCUCCCUUCUUAGUAUUCCAGUUCAAUUAGUUAGUUCAGCAAUUCCUUUCCCUCUUUGAUUUUAUCUUAAUCUUUUAUCUUAGUAUAUUAUAACUUUAGAUUAUCACCUGUUAACAAUCCAUUUUUACAUAUUCCUUUAUAACAUUGCUGCUAAAAACCACUUAAUUCAAUCCAACAUCAUUCUAACAUUCUUUAACUUUACAGUGUUUCUGUAAAUAGUUUUUAAAUUUCUUCCAAUCUUCUUCCACCAACUCUUCUCCCUGGUCUCGGAUUCUGCCAGUCAUUUCCGCCAGUUCCAUAUAGUCCAUCACCUUCAUCUGCCAUUCUUCCAGAGUGGGUAAAUCUUGUGUCUUCCAAUACUUUGCAAUAAGUAUUCUUGCUGCUGUUGCAGCAUACAUAAAGAAAAUUCUGUCCUUCUUUAGCACUGUUUGGCCGACCAUGCCCAGGAGAAAGGCCUCUGGUUUCUUCAAGAAGGUAUAUUUAAAUACCCUUUUCAUUUCAUUAUAAAUCAUCUCCCAGAAAGCCUUAAUCCUUGGGCACGUCCACCAAAGGUGAAAGAAUGUACCUUCAGUUUCUUUACAUUUCCAACAUUUAUUAUCGGGCAAGUGAUAGAUUUUUGCAAGCUUGACUGGUGUCAUGUACCACCUGUAAAUCAUUUUCAUAAUAUUCUCUCUUAAGGCAUUACAUGCCGUAAACUUCAUUGUGGUCCAUAACUGUUCCCAGUCAGCCAUCAUUAUGUUAUGUCCAACAUCUUGUGCCCAUUUAAUCAUAGCAGAUUUCACCGUUUCAUCCUGAGUAUUCCACUUCAACAGCGAGUUAUACAUCUUUGACAAAUCCCCCAAUUCACAAAAUAGGCAACAAUUUCAGUUUCAAUUAGUUCAGUUAGUUUCCAGUUACUUUAAAUCCAGGAGAAGCCAGCCAGAAACUUUGUAUCUCUUUUGCAGAGUUAGCUGUCAAAAAGUACUCUAUUCACCAACAGCGCAUUUCCCAGUACGGCAUUCUUAUUGUCCAUUGGCAGCCCGUUCCCAGGUUUUAAGCGGUGGAGUUAAACUUCCUUUCCUCUCUUUCUGCAGGAAAAUAUAGUUCACACCUUUCCCCCCUCCUCUCCUGCAGCCAAGGGGGGAAAUCACUUGUUUUGAUGUUAGGAUUAUAGUCCUUUAAUCGACUUUCCAGGUUUUAGCUUACAACUUCUUUGCUUUACUCUAUUUACAAAGAACGGAAGGCGGACUUCCUGUUUAUGCCUCCCCACUUGGUACUGAAUUAAGUCUUUGUUUUCCUUUAUUUCCGAAUUUGACCUACUCACGGGUCGUUGUUUUUGUAGCCAGAUUGUCACAGGAAAAAGGUCAGCGCUCUCCGGUAACGGCUGUGCGGCUUCGCUCCACGGAAGAAGCAGUUGACUCUCAGCACCGCGCCGCUUGCCCCGCUUCGCUCCGGAGCCCGUAAUUGGGUUCCUUUACAAAUUGGGGGGGCGCAAAAGGUGCCCGCCGAGUCCCACGGUCACAGGCUUCACCCGCCUGUGGUUUUUUAAAGGGUCCCCGCUUCGCCGUAGCGGAACAGACCCGAUUUCCGUAGAGCCAGUCCCUCUGGAUCAGAGGGAGUCCGCCAUUACCGAUGGCGCCACCCCGGAAGUCGAAGAGGGUCUUUUUCACCACCUUGGUUUUUACUCUACUCUCCCCUAUGUUGCAAAGGAUAAGAAGCCCUUAUCAACCUAAGGGCCACAUUCCUUCAUGGACAAUCUCCUGGGGGCUGCAUGGCAGUGGUGGGUGGGGAUCAGUGGCAAUGUGGGCAGAGAAAUUAAUAGGACUCUUACUUUUGUACUGUAAGUUACAUUCUGAUCACGCAAAAGUCAGCUUUAUACACACACACCACACAUCUCUCCAUCCAGACAAGCAGGGAGCAUUAUCAGAGUUCAAAGACACAUUCCAGCCAUGCAGAAACACUCCAAGAAGAUGCAGAGAGGAGUGUGGCCUGGAGAUUGCUUGUGGGCUGGAUAGAAAGGUCUAGGGGGCUGAUAGUCCCCCACCCCCUGAACAGCAAGCUCCACACACCACACUUUGCAAAUAGCUGGAAUGAUUGGUUAUAAAAGCUUAUUCUUCUUGCAGUCUGUUGUUCAUUUAGUUUUGCCUGUCCCCGUUAAGUAGUGGCCAGGAGAGGGCAGUUUUUCACUUUGCAUGGUAGACUAUUGUGGCUGUUACACUCGAAGUAAAACCAGUCUCAUUGCCCUAAUGGACCUCUCCAGACAAGUGUUUUAUGGCAGGUGCAUUCUGCAUCAUGUUCUUAACACAAUAAUAGUGCAUUAGUGGUGGAUUUAUUCUGGUUUAGUUUAUUCUGAGAUACUUCCCCAAUGCUACCGUAUUAUUUCUGUCUGGAGGGACAGUGCAACAAAAGGCAGAACAAAAAUAAACCAGAACAUUUGUAUGUAUAAAAAAUAUAGCAAGUUAUGGGAUUUUGCACUGAUUGGAAGUAAAGCAGUGUGUCAGCCCCAAAAAUUUUGCAGGCACAAACAGUAUUGAAAGUGGGAUCAUGUGUGACUGCCCCAAUAGCAUCAAGAGAACAAGUAAUCAUGAAUGUGCACUAAAAAUUAUGUCAGGAGAGGUCCCAUGUUUCUGUAGUUGCUACACUGAGAUAUUAUGAUUGACAUUUCCGCAGGGAAAUGUGUAUUAAAAUCUGUUGGCUUUAUUAAAAUCUAGUGUAUUAAAAUUAGAAGUCUUGAAUAUUGGGUGGUUUGGUAAACUGACUAUAGAAAUCUAUGUGGGUGCUGCUGCUUUAUUAAUUCCCUGAAUGAGAGCUGGGGUUAUGGAAAGUUUUGCAAGACAGAUAUUUAUAUACACAUCUCACAGUUUCACAGUUUGUAUGACUAGUUACAGAUCCAGGAAGGAUGAGUAAAAAAAAUUCCUGCAGUGAGAUUUAUAGUCCACCUGUGAUCAAACAGAAUUGUACUUGCUUCAUUUUUACUAUGAAAAUUCAAUGCUUUCUUAAAACAGAUCUAUACCAACCCUAAAGAACCUGAGGUAAGAGAAAGUCAAAAAUCAAGUAGGCAGAAAUUAUGCUUUAUGUUCAAGUUACCCAGAAUCUCAGCUUCCACCACCAACACAUGCAUGCUUGGAACAUAGGAAGCUGUGUUAUACUGAGUCAGGCCAUUGGUCCAGCCAGCUCAGCUUUAUCUACAAUGACUGGCAGCUGCUCUCUAGGGUUCCAGACAGGGAUAUACCCAGACCUUCUUUGAGAUGCUGAAGAUUGAACCUGGGACCUUUUGCAUACAAAGCUGGUGAGCUAAAGCUCUUUCCUUUGCUAAAUAGAGAGAGGACACAGCUUUAUUUUAAAAAAGAAAACCAGCAAAGGCAUUCCUAGACAAUCAUUUAUAAGAUCUACAAUCAUCACCAGGACUAAGCUGAAGCCAUGUGUCUUACUUCAGUUUCCAAUUGCCCAUAGGAUCUGUCAGCAGCUGAAGGAAGUGUCUGGCAACAAGCCCUCCUUUUGCCAUUAUGGUUGGCUUUAGAACAUACACAGUCAGCAGAAGAGGGAGGUGUCAAAACCAGCUUGCAGUUUUUAUCCUGAUUUUUUAUAUGAUUUUUUUUGGUAUCAUUUUUGUUCAUUGUAAUUGCUUUGUGCAAUUUUGUUAGCUGUCUUGAUCAUCCUAAUGAGAAGGCAGGAUGUGAAUUUAAUUAAUACACAUUUGAGUAGGGACGCAGGUGGCGCUGUGGGUUAAACCACAGAGCCUAUGGCUUGCCGAUCGGAAGGUUGGCGUUUCAAAUUCCCGCGAUGGGGUGAGCUCCCGUUGCUUGGUCCCUGCUCCUGCCAACCUAGCAGUUCGAAAGCACACAGUGCAAGCAGAUAAAUAGGUACUGCUCCGGCGGGAAGGUAAACGGCGUUUCUGUGCGCUGCUCUGGUUUGCCAGAAGUGGCUUAGUCAUGCUGGCCACAUGACCCGGAAGCUGUACGCCGGCUCCCUCGUCCGCUACUGAACCUAAUGAUCGUCCGCGACUGAACCUAAUGAUCAGGGGUCCCUUUACCUUCUUUUCAUUUGAGUAUAAUCACAGCAUCUCCCACUCUGAGUUAGUGAACUCAUUUAUGCUCACAGUGGUACCUCUACUUAAGAACUUAAUUCGUUUCUGGAGGUCCGUUCUUAACCUGAAACUGUUCUUAACCUGAGGUACCACUUUAGCUAAUGGGGCCUCCAGCUGUCACCGCACCGCCGGAGCACGAUUUCUUCUUCUCAUCCUGAAGCAAAGUUCUUAACCCGAGGUACUAUUUCUGGGUUAGUGGAGUCUGUAACCUGAAGCAUCUGUAACCUGAAGAGUCUGCAACCCGAGGUACCACUGUAUUUCAGAACAAGCAAACCAUUUCAUUUUUAUUAUUUUUUUGCCCUCCGUCAGCUGUUUAUUUUUUCCAUACACAUUUUUUCUUAGCAUGACAGAUGAGUUAGGCUGGCACCAUUGUACACGGAGUACUAAAUGUUCCAGCUAAUUAGAGCCAAAGUAAUGUAAUAAAUGGUCUGUGUAUGGAUAAAAUAACAUUUUAUAGGACCAACAUAAAGUUUUCUGUGUAAUGGCAUCAAGUGUGGGACUGUCCUUAAUACAACACAGUAAUGAUAUCUAAGGACAAAGCAAUCAACUUGAAGAAGGGAGUAAAAUGUCAACAGAUAGCUCAUGUGCUUUAAUCUAAGGCAGGGGUCGGCAACCCGCGGCUCCGGAGCCGCAUGUGGCUCUUUUGCCGCGGCUCCGGGGCGGAUACUAGCAAGGGGAGGAGGCGCAUUGUGCGCCCCGACACUCCCCACUGUGGCGGGCGCUGUACUGGCUGUGACGUCGCAUGGGGGCGGUGCGUGCAUUAGUCACGCACUGUCCCGACGUCACCUUCCCACCCGCCCGCCCGCUACAUUGUAAGGGGCAUGUACGCUGGUCACUGCAUUGAAAGGGGGCAUGUACGCUGGUCACUGUUUUGAAGGGGAGUGAAGAACACACACACACAAAAAGGUAACUUGUUAAUUUAACGUUUAUUUCUAUGAGGAGGAGUAAUUCUGAGGGGUCAAACAAAGAAAUAAUAAAAAAGUGACAAAAAAGUUAUUUUUAUAAUGACGAGUUUUGCGGCUCCCAGUUUUUUUUCUUCGGAAACGGGUCCAAGUGGCUCUUUUUGUCUUAAAGGUUGCAGACCCCUGAUCUAAGGAGAUGGAAAACACUUUCUGAGAUCUCAUGUGGGAAUUAUUAUAUGGCUAGAACAUCCCAUGAUGGUCAGAAGUCUAUUUGUUACAGUAGCAAGUUACAAUCGGUCUUGCUCUUUGCUUUUCAAUCUCCAGCACAUGACAGAAUUCUACCGGUUCAAGUUCAAGUAUUCAAGGAAUGGACCUCAGAUGGACUUCGAUAGGUAAACACUUCAUCAUUUAGUUUCUCGGGCAAAUACCUUGAGAGAGAUGCUUGCCUUAAAACAGGGAUGGGAAACCCUUUUCAGCUUGUGAGCAACACUCCUUCAUGGGAAACCUUCCAGGGGCCACAUGCCAGCCCUGAGGCAUAGGCAGUGCCAGAACCUAAAAGGAGCAGGGUCUAUGUUUUUUUACAGAAGGCUAUCCAGCAGUCAGAGGUUUCUGCACUUCUCUCCAUCCUCUAUCCAUGUAAGCAAGAGGUAUUAUUCAAGGACACAUCAGAACCAGGCAAAAGCUCUAGAGGAGGGGCAGUGAAGGGCAUGGUCUGAGGAGAGUCCUGAGGGCUGGACACAGGCUUGGAGGGCUGCAUUUGGUUCCCUAUCCCUGCCUUGAAGUGUUUAAUUUGAGAAAACUGCUCUUAUGCAGACACACUUUUGUUUUAUUUAUUUAUUUAUUUACUGUGUAGUGCCUUUUCACAUGUAAACUACUUUGCAGUCUAUUAUUGCAUGUCUCCUACAACAAGCCUGUGAAUUAGAUAACUAUAAGAUUCCUCUUUACAGUACUAAGGGUGCAAUCACGUGUCUACCUCCUAAGGAAUGAAUCAUAUUAAAUACAGCUGGACUUGCUUCAGGGCAAGAUUAGGAUCAGACAGAGACAAUAGUGAGUGGCCUCAGGCCAUCUUCUGAUUUGACAGAUGAACUGAGAUGUAUUAUGGUAAUUGGACUCCAAAUUGCACACUUUCCUGUCAGAUGGUGCUUUCCCCACCACUGCCACCAGGUGGCACAAAUCAUGUGGAACUGUAGUUUGUAAACAGUUCUACAAAAUCAUAUACCAUCUAGUUAAAAUACCCUGUACAACCUAGAAUUCAGAUUUUCUUUGAUAAGCCACUUCACAAGGUACUCAUGAUGUGCCUCCAUGGUGAAAAAAAAUGUUAAUGUGAUUUGGCACUUUCAGUUAUCCUCUUGAAUAUCUCACCACUCACUUUGCACCUAGUCUUCUUGCUGUGUGAACUAGAGCUAGAUGUCAAGAUCUGGGUUACAGAUUUAGAGGUGCUGAAAUAAACCUGUUCAGCUUGCUUUAAUUAAAUCUUUCUUAGAAGGAUGAGCACAUACUCUCCAGUGGCAAUCUGAUGGUUUCUGAAAUUGCUUCCUUAUUUCUUAGAUAGGAUUCAUAGAUACAAAUGCUGAACAAAUGAGUAUUCAUAACCAUUUUUAAUUUUGGAGCUGUGCCCUUUCCACAGUCAUAGUGUCAAUUCAUGUGUUAAUGACAAAUUUUGUAAUUCUAGGCAGUAGCCCACUGCAAAUCUGUCUUUCCUAUUUAUCUUGAUUAUAGUGGUGAAAAUACUCUGCAGCCCUUUUAUAUCCUUACUGUAAAAUGUGUCAGUGGGUGUUCUAUAUUUGCCAGUGGGGCAUAAGUGGCAGUGGUUGCUUUUGUGACUGAAAAUCAUUUUGCUAUUUUGGCUUCUACUGGCGCUGUGAGAUUGAUGUUCAAAUCCUGUAGAAUGGUUAGAUGCUAUAGCCAACACAUACACACUGGCUUGCGUUGGUGUAACUACAAUGUUAUCCUAAGUCUGGCAACUCAAUCUGCAAUCUUAUCAGAAGAGGCUGCAGCAGCAUAUCACUGCACAUGUUUCAAGUUGCUUUGUUGUAAGUAGAUCUGUGAUAGCUGAAGUGUCUUCAGAUGGCACAUACCUCUUGUCCUGUCCUUGGCCCUCUUUCCAUGUGUCUUCCACUCAUUUAGGGAAGGUAUAAUGACAAAGAACACUUCAGAGUCAGUUCUAAUGUUCCAUAGGUUGCUCACUCCCACAAAUAAUUUAUCACGUGAAAUUAUAUGAUUACAGUACUGUGAACUCAUGUAAGAUCAUUGCUCCAAUUCCAUGAAACAGACACAUUGUUAAAAAUUUCCCAACAGAUGCAAUCAUAUUUGCAAUCUUGUGUGUGUUCAAGGCUUUCAUGUCACACUGCUCAUGCAACUAGUGUUCACACGAGCAGUUAUUCAUGAGAGUGGAACUGUCCAUGACUGUCAGUGGCACAUCAGCUUGCAACUGACUCAUUCUCCUGUGGGUUCAAACUCCUAGGGUUGGCUCAUAGGUUGGGGGAAGGACCAAAGUUCAGUAGCAGAGCACAUGCUUUCCAUGCAAAAGGCCCAAAGGUUUGGGAAAGAUGCCUGCCAAUGGGAUCAGUGGUUUGACAUAGCACAUGUCAGCUUCCCAUGUUGUCAGUACACAGCUAUGCAUUGCGCUGGUAUUGCAUAGAAAGUAGUGUCCCUUACAUCUGAUCCUGCACAUCUAUUUUCUGGUGCAGUAGCUUAUUUUAUAGGAUUAUAUUGAACUUCAGCUCCUCAAUUCAGUAAACUGUUUCUUUGCACCUGUUGAGUGUAUCUACUUUUAAAGUUUGUUUUAUGCCUUAAUGUUGAGCCAUAUGAUUUGGAGCAGACUUUGACUUCUUUAUUGUUUCAGUGGUGACACUCAAGGGAACUUUACAAAUGGAGGGAACAGUGAGGAAAUUAAGCAAGCCAGCAUCUUGCUGAUCCGCAAACUGUAUGUCUUAAUGCAGAAUCUUGGACCACUGCCUAAUGACAUUACAUUGACCAUGAAACUGUUCUUCUACAAUGAUGGUAGGUGAUGAGAUUCCACCUUUCUUUGCUUCCCUUAAUUUAAUUCCCAGGACUAGCACACAAACAAGGAAAUUGGGGAACUGCUAUCAAAAUGUAUGUCAGAGUUUGCAGCUUGGAGGCAAAUUGGUUGUCAAGGUGGGCAGUGGGAAGGAAUGGAGGGAUCGUGUGAGAACAGCUACAUACCUAAGUGGUUCCUUGUCAUCCUAGAAAAAUGUGACAAGUGGGGGACCACAGGGUUCUGUCCACAGGGUUCUGUUCUUGUUUAAGAUCUUUAUAAAUGACUUGGAUGAAGGUAUUGUGGUUAUGCUCAUCCAAACAAACUGGGAAGGGUAGCCAAUACCUCAGAAGACAGAAUCAGGAUUCAAGAUGACCUUAACAGAUUGGAGAAGUGGGCCAAAACUAAUAAAAUGAAUUUCAAUAAUGACAAAUGUAAGGUUUUAGGUUGAACAAACAGCUGCACAGACAUAAGAUGGGAGACACCUGGCUUGAUGGUAAAGGUAAAGGGACCCCUGACCAUUGGGUCCAGUUGUGGCCGACUCUGGGGUUGCGGCGCUCAUCUCGCUUUAUUGGCUGAGGGAGCCAGCAUACAGCUUCUGGGUCAUGUGGCCAGCAUGACUAAGCCGCUUCUGGCGAACGUGCUUUCGAACUGCUAGGUUGGUAGGAGCAGGGACCGAGUAACGGGAGCUCACCCCAUCGCAGGGAUUCGAAACGCCAACCUUCUGAUCGGCAAGCCCAAGGUUCUGUGGUUUAACCCACAGUGCCACCCGCGUCCCUGGCUUGACAGUAGUACAUGUGAAAAAGAUCUAGGGGUCUUCGUAGACAACAAACCUGAGUGAACAGUGUUAUGCAGCUGCAAAGAAACCUAAUGCUAUUCUAGGCUGCAUCAACAGAGUAUAGUAUCCCAGUUAAGAGAAGUAAUAGUCCUGCUCUAUUCUGUCUUGGUCAGAGCACCUCUAGAGAACCACAAUUUAAGAAAAAAUACUGACAUGAUGGAACAUGUGCAGUGGAGGACUACUAAGAUGAUAAAAGGUCUGGAAGCGGAGCCUUAUGAGGAACAGUUGAGGGAGUCGCUAUGUUUGGCCUGGAGAAGAGGAGACUGAGAGGAAAUAUGAUAGCCAUCUUCAAAUAUAAAAAAUGCUGUCACAUGGAAGAGGAAGCAAGCUUGUUUUCUCCUGCUCUGGAGGCUAGGGCCUGAACCAACAGGUUCAAAUGAGAAAAAAAGGAGAUUGUGUGGCAAGGUCCCAAUACCUUCCGGGAUGUUGGAAUAAAGACACAUGAAACCAGUAUUUUAGAUUAAUGGGCAAAAAAGGCCACAACUUUAUUGGUUACAGAAUGUGAGUGGUAUUGCUUAGGCAUUGGAAACGAAAUGACUAUAUCUGACUCCUGCCCAUCUGCAGGAAGUCUUGGAAGGGUUAACCACCAGUUGGGGGAAGCCCUGCUGAUGCACAUCAACUAGGUACUCCCCCGGGGUCACCGCUAGGGGUCGUGCCAUGGCUCUAGCCCCCCAUCUGGGGCGUUGGACAGCGACCACGCCCCUCGGAUUUCUUUAACGGAAUACCCUUGAAUUAGGAGGGGUAGGUGAUGGCCACUACCUCUCCUCACCUUCAACCUAAUACUCCAAUGCCUAACCGCCUAACCCUACAAAGUUGUGACAAUUUGCUACGAGGUAGGUGACAAAACCAAAUGGGUUCAAAUGGCUGGUUUCAAAUAUCUAAAAUGCUGUCACAUGGAAGAGGAAGCAAGCUUGUUUUCUCCUGCUCUGGAGGCUAGGACCUGAACCAACGGGUUCAAGUUACAAGAAAGGAGAUUCCAACUAAACAUCAGGAAUAACUUUCUGACAGUAAGAGCUGUUCACCUCCCUCAGGAGGUAGUAGGCUCUCCUUCCUUGAAGGUUUUAAAGCAGAGGUUGGAUGGGAUGCUUUAAUUGAGAUUCCAGCAGAGUAAGAAGUUAGACUCACUAGGUGACCCUUUGAGUUCAUUCCAAGUUAACAAUUCUCUGAUUCUUAUGUAAGCCAUUCUGGGAACUUCUUUUGACUGAAAAGCGGUGUUAAAAUGCUAUAAAUAAAUAAAUAAAUAAAUAAAUAAAUGUUGGAACAAAUAAUUCAUUUUGAUAAUUUCAUUGUUUUAUUCUCCUCAUAAACCACUUUGCAGGGCUUUUUAAAAAAACAAUCAAGUGGUAUUUAAUUCUUUGACAUAAAUAAUAAAUAAACAAGAGAUGCACAAAAUAACAUGGAGCACAAUAUCUAAUGAACUAACCAUGGUUGUUGUUUUUUCGAUUUUCUUCAGCUGCCUAGCCUAGCUUCUUGCUCUGGGGCCUGCAUUUGCCUUUUGCUUCAGGCUGUGCAGCACAGGAUUUCAUAUGUCUUUCCUUUGCAGUCACACCCAAUGAUUACCAACCCCCUGGCUUUAAGGAAGGCAACAUCUCUGAUUGCCUGCUUUUUGAUGGUGAACCAGUGAACCUCAAAGUCGGGUCAGUCUCCACUGGGUUCCACAUUAUGAAAGUGAGAGUAACAACAGAUAGCAAACGGAUGGGGUUGCUGGAGAGCAAUCUGGUUGAGGAGAAUGGUUCCACUGAGAUCUCCCAUCAGGGGCUAGACUGUGAUGAGGAAGAAGAGGAAGGCAGCACUAAAGUAAAGGAAGAGGUUAUAUACAAUAUCAUUUUCCUGAAUCCAUUGUUUGUAUGUGUUGUAGUAGGGGGGCAGCCCUGUAUUGGGAAAUUUUUAAUGUCUGAUGUUUUACAAUUUUUUAUGUGCUGUAAGCUGCCCAGAGUUGCUGGGGAAACCCAGCCAGAUGGGUGGAGUAUAAAUAAUAAAAUUAUUAUUACUAUUACUACUACUUAAAAUUCUAGAUUUAAAAGGGAUUGAAUGGUGGUUGAGUUUGACCAUGCUCCUGAAAGAAAACAUCCUAUUAUUAAAGCAUCCACUGCACAAUAUCUGUUCAGUCUUUCUUCAGGGCAGGUUGUUUCACAGGCAGGAUGGUGGACUGCUGAACAGUCCUUAUGCUCAAGAAGUUAUUUCUAAGGGCACAUCCAGAUGUUUGAUAUGGUUUUAAAAAACCCAAAAAACCCCCAGAAACAACAAACAACCAGGGUUGUAUAGAAAGGAACAUAGGAAGUUCCAAAUUUAAUCAGUGGAAUAAUAACUCAAAAUCACAUAUUGUUUGCGAAAUAAUUAACUAAUUAGCAGAGUUAGUCAUGAACAUGCAGAUAACUCUUCCCUGUACUGAACUGAAUGAAAAAGAAUCCCUGUGCUUGUAAAUUGUAUUACAGAACCUGCAAGUUGAUGGCAUGGAGAAAAACAGGAUGCAUGAAGGGAAUGCAGAUUCAGAAGGCAAAAACAGUGGUUUUUUUAAUCAAAAGGGAGCAGGUAUUUCUUUAUUCAUUUGAAAUAUUUUUGUGCCACCUUUAACAGUGAUAACCUUCUCAAAGUAAUUUAUAGAAUAUAAAGCUAUAAAAAAUAAACAAAAAUAAAAAUACUAGUAAUGGUUAAAAUGUUAACUAUCAAAUAUGAAACCAGCAAUCAGUUAAUAGCAAUUAUAAACAUCAGAAAUAGCCAGGCACUUAAGGCCUGUUUAUAGUCAGCAAUGAACUAGGCGUAUGUCACAGAGAAGAGCAUUUCAUAGGGAUGGGGCCACCGCAGAAAGGCCCAGUCUGAUGCUUGCCAAGUGAAGUGCCCCCCCCCCCUUUGAAAUAGUGCUUUCUGGUUUUACCAAGGGUUCUUUCUGGGGCCUGUGAUAGCCGGGAGUCUAUCUCUGCAGGUAGCUAGCUAGGAGCUGUUUAGUUCAAGAUGGAACUCAGUGCAAUGAGAAACUUGUCUGGGACAAAGGCAAGCAAAUAAGAAAGGGCUGCUACUCAAGAUAAAGAUUCCUCUUGAGAGUCUGCUGAGGUGAAAACUGGUUAAGUCUAGGGAAAGUGGGUGGCAUUUUUAUCUAUUUAUCUAUUUUAAACUCUUCACUUGUUUCAUUAGCUUGUGUGGUCUUAAAGGUAAAGGGACCCCUGCCCAUUAGGUCCAGUCGCGGACAACUCGGGGGUUGUGGUGCUCAUCUCGCUUUAUUGGUCAAGGGAGCUGGCGUACAGCUUCCGGGUCAUGUAGCCAGCAUGGCGAACCAGAGCAGUGCACGGAAACACUGUUUACCUUGCUGCCAGAGCGGUACCUAUUUAUCUACUUGCACUUUGAUGUGCUUUCGAACUGCUAGGUUGGCUGGAGCAGGGACCAAGCAACGGGAGCUCACCCCAUCGCGGGGAUUCGAACCGCUGACUUUCUGAUCGGCAAGCCCUAGGCUCUGUGGUUUAACCCAUAGCGCCACCUGCUUCCCUGUGUGGUCUUAGCUUAUGUUAAACACCCUCAUACCUGGAAGCCAUAGCCUACAGUACCUUGAAAGCCUUCAAGGAGACACCAGGGAGGUUAUCCAGGCUGAAUAAUAAUGGGGUAACCUUGUAGAAAUAAUCUCCCUGCCCCCUUAUCUGGUGGCAGUGAGUUCAUAAGCAAAAAAAAGUUGGAAGAAAGGGGGAGAGCGUCUGGGGAAAACGACUUUGGCAGUCUCACCCGCAGUUGCACUCAAUGUGUUUUGACUACAGUGGUACCUCGGGUUAAGUACUUAAUUUGUUCCAGAGGUCCAUUUUUUAUUUUUUUUUGUAAGAUAUUUAUUAAGAUUUUCAAAAUAUUACAAAAUAAAAAUAAAAAAAGAAGAAAAUACAAAAUAAAAAUGGUUAAAAACAACUCAAUCUUUCCAUUACUUAUUUUUCAUUAGCUUGUUUCCCGGACCUCCUCACGCCUCCCUUUUUUGUAUUCCAGUUCGGUUUGUUGGUUCAGCAAAUCCUUACCCUCUUUGUUUAUCCUAGUCUUUAAUCUUAAAAUAUUGUAACGUUAAAUUUUUACCUAUGAAUAAUCCAUUUUUCAUAUUCCCUUAUAGUAUUACAGCUGAAAACCACUUAAUUUCUAUCCAACAUCAUUCUAACAUUCAUUAAUUUUACAAUAUUUCUGUAGAUAGUCUUUAAAUUUCUUCCAAUCUUCUUCCACCGACCGUUCCAGAGGUCCAUUCUUAACCUGAAACUGUUCUUAACCUGAAGCAACUCUUUAGCUAAUGGGGCCUCCUGCUGCUGCUGCGCCGCCGGAGCCCGAUUUCUGUUCUCAUCCUAAUGCAAAGUUCUUAACCAGAGGUAAUAUUUCUGGGUUAGUGGAGUCUGUAACCUGAAGCGUAUGUAACCUGAAGCGUAUGUAACCCAAGGUACCACUGUAUAUGGGAUUUUAACUUAAUGCGGUAUCCCUGGAACGUAACCCCCUCAUAAGUUGUGCGUCUGUUGCAUUACAAUUUUAUGCCUGUCCCAGUGUUUGCCUCUAUUAGGAUUAUACUGCUGGAGGUUAAGACUACCAGUGGCUUCUGGUUGUGAUAGCUAUACUACAGGAUCAGAAGUACCAUGGAUCUAAAUACCAAUCACUAGGAAGAAUAGUGGGAGAAUACUUCUUGGGGACUUCCCAUAGAUACUUAGUUAGCUACUGUAGGACACAUAGAUAGAGAUAGGCCUUUGGUCUUAUGCAGUAGGGAUUAUGUUCUUAUGACUGAUCUGGUGUCCAACUAAUAUUUUACAUUAAAAGAGAUGCAUUUUAAUUUUUCUGAUUUAGCUCCUUUGUAUUCAGUGAUUUGUCUGUAUUAUAAAUUUGUGUUUAUCAAAAUCUUUUUUUUUUAAAAGGUAUAUAUUUAAAUAAUAGAGUAUUUUUUAAAAGAUAUCUACCUGAAACAGCAUAAUGUUUAUAUUUCAGAAACAUCUAGAAAGACUGGUGUAAAAGGGGCAGAAAAAGCAUCUCAUCAGGUGAGCACUACAUUGUAAACAUGAUUAACAAUAGCUGCUUCUCUGACUACCAGUGCCAGUUCAAAGCAUUUUUCUGCCUGAAGUGGUAUGCAAAUGUUCCUCUACUCCUAGCUUGGACCAACACUUCAAUAAGUCUUCAUGCACCAUGUGAAAUCAAUUUUUCCCUUCAACUAUCCCUGCACCCUGAAGUGACACCUGAAGCUGGAGAAUGUGGCUUACUGUCUUUGCUGACACCACCUAAAGCCAAUGUAUCUGCAUUUCCAGUAGGAGUCCCGGAAGUCUGGAAAAUAUUUUGCAAUAGUGCACAACGCAAUACCACCUAAAAAGCAAAAACCCCAAAUUGUGAUUUAUCUGAAACAGCUAGAUCUUCUAGCAUUAGGCCACACCUCUAACCAAUCCCUAGUGCCACAUGAUGGUGCCAACAUUAGAUGAGAACUUAAUGCUUGUUUUCAGCUUUUAGGGGAUGCUUGGAAUCAAUGCUGACAUUCCUUAAAACAGCAGUAGUUGUGUUGGUUCUGUCAAGAUGUAAAAUCCUUUAGUAUUCAAGUUACAUUGAGGAGGGGGGAAUUCGUAAUCUCUGGAUUACAAAUGUGCCAUGGUUUUGGAACUUCUUGGUAAUGGUUGAUGAAAUCAAAUGACUGUAGAACUGUCUUUGGAUUUCGCACACACACACACACCCCUCUUAGGAUUGCAGCCUCAGCCGCCUGCCUGCAAGAUUAGAGUGGUAAGACUGGCCUGUCUUACAGGAAAGGAUUUCUGAAAUAAGUGGGUGCAGACUUUGACCACAAAAGUGCUAUAUAAAUUAUUAUGCCAAUGAUUUUGCAAUCCAUUAAAAGGUUUCUUUUAAAAUUAUUUUAACUGUUUGCAAUGUACAACACACAGUAAUGCAUAGCCAGAUGAAGGUGAUAAUAGAAACCUAUGUAAGGGAAAAUAUACUUCAGUGCUUCUAUGAACAUCUUGCAAUGUUUUUUAAAAGAAAGCUGAGGAGGACAAGGGUACUGCUAGAGGGUUUGGCUUCAUAGAGUAAAAAAUGCUCGUUAACCCUGUGUCAGCCCUUUCAGUGCUUGAGGCAGAAAGUCUCAGUGGCAGCACAGGACAAAAAUAUACAUACUGUAAUAUAUUAAAUAACUGAAAGUUUGGUGCCCUGUAAUGGUGUCCAAACUUUGACCCAUGAGGCUACUGACUCAGUGUAUGUGGUAUAUUUUGAAAUGAUGACAUGACAUUUUGUCUGAAGUAAUCAUUGAGUAAGUUUAGGGCUUGUUCACGUCAGCCCUUGUCUCUUGUAUGAAAAAAUAGGAAGGAUACAAUUUUGCACUUCCUUUACUCAGCAGUCUGAAAGUGCUGACUCAUUGAACACACACUGUGGAUAGUGGCCCUCAUUAAAAUGGCAUGAUUCAUGCAUGCUGCAGAUUUAAAUUUGAUGGCUUGUAUUAAAGUAGAACACGUUAGUACUGGGCACUCUACUGUCAAGGAAUAGAUGUGGGCACAUUCUUCCCUCUACUUUUUGUCACCACAGUAAUUAAUUUCUAGCAUAAAUAAAUAACCAUUUUCAUUGGCAAUUUUAUCAAUGGGAAAAUGGACUCCCAUUUUUCAGAGACUCUCUUGACUACAGGCAAGAUCAUGUGGACUACUUCAGGGGAAAAGAACACCAGGUUGCUAGACAAAAGCAGUACACUGAUCUCAAAAUGCCAUUACUUUGUGAAUGAUUCAUUCAUUCUGUUCCACAUACCACAGGGACUUUCCCUUCCCAUUGUCUCACUAGGAAGUAGGCAAGCCAAAUAAAUGAUUAGCACAUACUUUAGUGGAAUCGGGCUCACAAAGAAAACCAGACUACAAAAAUUUGAAUAUAACAUUGUGGGUAAGAAAGUGCAGUAAAACGUAGGCAAGAGAGAUCAAAGAAUGUAUUAGGGUGAUCUCAUUUUGUAGCUGACUCUUCUUUACUUACACCCCGGAAUACAGCCAAAUUAAGCUGAAGUACUUGGCUCAAGAGGGACGCUGGUGGCGCUGUGGGUCAAACCACCAGAGCCUAGGGCUUGCCGAUCAGAAGGUCGCGGUUCGAAUUCCCACGACAGGGUGAGCUCCCAUUGCUCGGUGCCUGCUCCUGCCAACCUAGCAGUUUGAAAGCACGUCAAAGUGCAAGUAAGCUCCGGCGGGAAGGUAAACGGUGUUUCCGUGCACUGCUCUGGUUCGCCAGAAGCGGCUUAGUCAUGCUGGCCACAUGACCCGGAAGCUGCACUUGAGAGCCAGUGUGGUGUAGUGGUUAAGAGCGGUAGUCUCGUAAUCUGGGGAACCGGGUUUGCGUCUCCGCUCCUCCACAUGCAGCUGCUGGGUGACCAUGGGCCAGUCACACUUCUUUAAAGUCUCUCAGCCCCACUCAUCUCACAGAGUGUUUGUUGUGGGGGAGGAAGGGAAAGGAGAAUGUUAGCCACUUUGAGACUCCUGAAGGGGAGUGAAAGGCGGGAUAUCAAAUCCAAACUCUUCUUCUUCUUCUUCUGUACGCCGGCUCCUUCGGCCAAUAAAGUGAGAUGAGCGCCGCAACCCCAGAGUCAGCUACGACUGGACCUAAUGGUCAGGGGUCCCUUUACCUUUACCUUUACUUGGCUCAAGAGCUAACCAAUAGCGAGAUGGGAACCUGUGGUCCUCCAUGUGUUGAUCGCACCAUCUCAGACUAUUCCUAUAUAUUGGCAACUUUGGCUGGAGCAGAUGGGAGACAACAGGAGAGCCACAGAUUUCCUAUCCCUGUGGGAUGUAAGUGUGUUCCAAGGCUUUCUUUUAAAAAGUUAAAGUCAGUUCAAAAGGGGAAAUUUAGAAAUAGAAGGGAAGGCUGCUUAAUCCUUUCUGUGUCCACCAUUUCCUUACUCUAAAUCACUUUUUUUUUUUAGAAUAAUAUUUAUUGAUAAUUUCAAAAUUACAAGAAAAAUAAAAAACAAAAAAUAACACUACAAUACAAAAAAAGAAAAAAAGAAAAAGAAGACAUUAAAAAAAGAGAAAAGCACAAAAUGUGAAAACCAAUAUGACAAUACAGCAAUAAAAAAGUAAAAAGAAGAAAAAAAAAAGAAAAAAACCCAAAUCCCAAAUUGCAUAUCCAUAAUUUCCAUUUGCUUGUUUCAUUGACCUCCUCACACCUCCGUUUUUUUUGUUUUUUUAAAAUGAUAUUUAUUAAAGUUUCAAAGAAAAAAUUACAUAGGUAAAAAAGAAAAGAAAAAAAUACAAAAUACAAAAUACAGAAAAAGAUAAAAAGCACUUAAAAGAAAAAACACAUCGAUCUUUCCAUAGCUUACAUUUCAUUUCCUUACUUCCCUGACUUUCUCACAGCUCCCUUUUUUGUAUUCCAGUUCUAUUAGUUAAUUCAGCAAUUCCUUUCCCUCUUUGUUUUUAUCUUAAUCCUUUAACUUAACAUAUUAUAACUUUAGAUUCUCAUCUGUUAACAAUCCAUUUGUACAUACACCUUUAUAACAUUGUUGCUAAGACCACUUAAUUUCAUUCUGACAUCAUUCUAACAUUCAUUAAUUUUGCAGUAUUUCUGUAAAUAGUCUUUAAAUUUCUUCCAAUCUUCUUCCACCGACUCUUCUCCCUGGUCUCGGAUUCUGCCAGUCAUUUCCGCCAGUUCCAUAUAGUCCAUCACCUUCAUCUGCCAUUCUUCCAGAGUGGGUAAAUCUUGUGCCUUCCAAUACUUUGCAAUAAGUAUUCUUGCUGCUGUUGUGGCAUACAUAAAGAAAAUUCUGUCCUUCUUUAGCACCGUUUGGCCGACCAUGCCCAGGAGAAAGGCCUCUGGUUUCUUCAAGAAGGUAUAUUUAAAUACCCUUUUCAUUUCAUUAUAAAUCAUCUCCCAGAAAGCCUUAAUCCUUGGGCACGUCCACCAAAGGUGAAAGAAUGUACCUUCAGUUUCUUUACAUUUCCAACAUUUAUUAUCGGGCAAAUGAUAGAUUUUUGCAAGCUUGACUGGUGUCAUGUACCACCUGUACAUCAUUUUCAUAAUAUUCUCUCUUAAGGCAUUGCAUGCCGUAAACUUCAUACCUGUGGUCCAUAACUGUUCCCAGUCAGCCAUCAUUAUGUUAUGUCCAACAUCUUGUGCCCACUUAAUCAUAGCAGAUUUAACCGUUUCAUCCUGAGUGUUCCAUUUCAACAGCAAGUUAUACAUCUUUGACAAAAUCUUCAUUUUGGGUUCUAACAGUUCUGUUUCUAAUUUUGAUUUUUCCACCUGGAAGCCAAUUUUCUUGUCCAGAUUAUAUGCCUCUCACACCUCCGUUUUUGUAUUCUAGUUUAGUAAUUAUUUCAGCAAAUUCUUUCCAUCUUUCUCAAUUUUUGUUAUAAAAUUUAUCUUAACAAUUUAACCUAAUAAUUAACUCAACAAAUCCUUACCAUCUUUCCCCAUAUUCUAUUAUUCAGAUUACCUUAAUUUAUUUAACCUUAUCUUACCCCUAAGUGCCUUAAGACUUAAAUCUUAAAUUUCAAAUAUACAUAACUCCUAAUAUCAUUUCUGCUAGAGUCGUAUAGUUUCAUUCCCACAUUUUCCCUAAUAUUCAUUAGCUGAUUCUAAAAUAAAAAAGUUUCCAUUAUAAAUUCUCUUCCAAUCAUCAUCCAGCGUCUCUUCUUCCUGGUCUCGGGUCAUGUCAGUCCUUAUUGUCCAUUCCGUCUAGUCCAUCAACCUGGAAGCCUUAUGUCCGAGGCCCUUAAAUCUCUUCCAUGUCCCUUCUGCAAUUCUUCUUCAUCUUGUUUGUGCUUGCCCUUUUCCUUGUCUCUUGUUGGUCUCUGUCUUAGUUUCUUUCCUUUCUCAUUGAGGAGUAGGUCUCUGGGGGAUUCCAACCCAAAAUUCUCUCCAUCACCCUUCAUCCAGCUCACCCAUUCCCCACAGUCCCACUCCCCACAGUCCUCGAUAUAAUCCAAAAUGAAUUUAAAAUCAAAUUUCAAGAUCUCUCCAAAGCUAGGAAUCUCCUCAUCUCCAGACUCCCCUUGGCCCACUCCAGCUUCAAUCUUCAAUAACAGCGGCUUAUGCUCCUGUAGGGCCUCGGGUCUCUCCAUUUGUACUAUUUGGGGUGCAGCCACAUCCUCCUCCAUUGUCAACUGCACUUGCCCAGUCGGUACAGAUUGAUAGGUUGGUUCUUGGAUGAUUUCUGCAUCAAUGUUAUUAACCACAACAGUCAAAUCUAUUUUCUCAUUCAUCAAGUCCAUCUUUUCAUGCAUCUGUUCCAGCAGAGCAUUUGUCUUGCAUAGAGCAAGCAGCCAGUCUUUCUCCCAGCUCAUCUUUGUUCAAGGUCGGAAAAGACUGUUCCCACAGUCUUAAUCUCACAGAUGUUGGGUCUCAAAUAUGCUGCAACAACAAUUUAGCAAGCUCCCUCUAGAGGAGACAAUCUACUUGUAUCCAUUUUUUUUUUAAAGACAAAGGAAAGUUACUUUCAUUUUUCAGAUAUUUCAGAUGUUUUUCAGAUAUUUUGUUUCUUUAGGAUGCAAAAGGCAACAUUAGAAUCAACUUGUUUCUCUUCAUUGGCUAUCUGUCAAAGUGUUACGUUCACAGUCAAUGAAUCUCAGCAACAGUUUCUGUCUCUGACACCCCGUUCCCAGGUUAGAGACGGUGGAAACUUAUCCUUCUUCACUCCCUCUCCUGCUAGGGUUAAACAGAGUCCCCCCCCCUUUUCUCCUGCUUCCAAGGGGGGUUUCAGUGGUUCUAAAUGAAGGAAAUUGAGUGCUUUUUUAACAGCUUCCCAGCUUUAGCUUGCAAAAUUUUUGCUUUAGUUUAUAUACAAAAAAGCGGAAGGCGGACUUCCUGUUUACACCUUCCCGCUUCGAUACCAAAUUAAAACAAUUUCUUGAUCCAAUUUUCCGUUUCUACUCACGGGUACUUGGUUUAAGUCCAAUUGUCCACAGGAAAAGGUCAGCGCUCUCUGGCAAUGGCUGUGCGGCUUCACUCCGUGAAAGUAGCAGUCAGUUCGUAGUGCCGCGCUUCUCACCCCACUUCGCUCCGGAGCCCCUAGAUGGGAUUCCCCGCGAGUAGGGGGGCGCUUCUGGUGCCCUGCCGAACCCCACGUUCCCAGGCUUCCUCCGCCUGGGAUUUCUAGCGGGUCCCCACCUUUGCCGCGGCGGGAAGACCCAGUUUUCACGGAGCCCGUUCCUCCGGUCGGAGGAACUCCGCCAUUCACCAAUGGCGCUGACCCGGAAGUUCUUUACUCUAAAUCUCACCCAUUUCCUGCCCAAAUAACUUCCUCUCCUAUGAGAUUCAAAGUGUGCAUUUGCAAGGAUAAUGUGUGUUUGGAACCCUAUGCUAAGGAAAGGAGCUUUGAGGGAGGAAUUAUGAAAUGGUGAACAAAGAAAAUGUUAAUCAACCCACCCACCUUUGCCAGUUCUCUGCUCUAAACACUCAUUCCAGAAAGGGGCUGGGAUGCUGUUGCACACAUUAGCUGUAAUGCAGCUUGUCAAUUCCAUUAAAACUAUUGCAUGUACCCUCUCACUUCUCUCUACCUUCUUUUAUUCCACUGAUCUCCCUCAGUUCAGACACAGAUCAGUUCAUGUCAGAUCUGAACCCACAUCAUUUGCAUGUGAAAUUUCCCCCUUCCUGGUGGAUUUCAGUUUCCCAAUAGCUUGUCUGGAUUUCUGAGUGCCUGCUCAUAUUUCAUAAUGGCAUAUCUCAUUGUAUCUCUCUAUUUCUAAUAGGAACUUUUAAGCUAAUGAUCCAGGCAAUAUAGAUUUGGGUAACCUCAGUAGAUUGUAUUCACUAACCUCCCUGCUAUUUUAUCUUUAUGUUUUGUCACUUUGAGCUGCAAAGCCAUUUUACUUAUGUCUGCCAUUUUUUUGUAAAUAAACACAUAUUCAUUUAGAUUAAGAACAUAAAAAGAGACUGUCUGCUGGAGCUGGCUAAUGGCCCAUCUAACCUAGAAUUCUGUUCUCAUAGUGCCCAGCCAGAUGCUUGUAAGCAGGACCUUUUCUUACAUUCGUUGGUCUUCGCUAACUCCCUUAAAUAAGCAGGAUUUCAGCCGGUAAUUUUAAAAUAAUAGUGUCCAUUUCAAUAACAUCUGUGGCAUACAAGCAUCUCCAGUAACGAGCCCCACAAUAAUAGUUCCAUGAACAUGCAGGAUCGAUACGGUUUCACAUAUGCGUGUACAGAUACAUGAGUAGAUCUAGUAACAGACUACCCCUAUGAAAAUUGUUACAAUGGAAUGGAUUAUUAAGUUGCUCUGGGUGACCUAAAUGUAUUUUACUUCUAACUCUCUUCCAUUUAGCCUGGCUCUUAUAGUGUCUGCCAUCCAGCUGGCACACCCAUUGUAGUGGUAUCACUUUUGCUGAUCACUCAAACAAGUGCUGUUGCUAGGAAAAUGUGGCAGUUCCAACCCACACCCCCUCCAGCCACCAACUGGUUCUUCCCCAUCUAGCCAUCCAUUUUCCAAACAGCAUGUUAAAAGUGUGACUAAAGAAGUAUUGGGGCAGACAGACUUUCCCUAAAAGCAUCUCUCUCCCCUUCGGCAGGAACUCUCAGACAUACCUCCAUCCUUAACAUUGCUCUUGGCAGAAGGACUGCUUUUCCUAGGACAAAGAAAGCCCCAAAGAAGCAACAGGGUGGAACAGAAACUCUUCCACUGUUGUGAUUCCAGGGAAGGGCAGAAAGGAUGUUUGCCUGAGACAAGGGCUAUCUAGGGAACAGAUCUUUAAAAAGAUGAAAAUGCCUUUCUUGCAAAGUCACUUUUCUAAUGAUAUACACACACAUUCAAAUGACAGUGGAGAUACUAGUAUGGAAAGAAUUUCACAGAAAGGGGUGGCUUUACUAUUCACUUGCUUUUCAUAGUUUCCCUUACCAUAUUUGGUAAAAACUAGAGGUAUAUAUAGACUUAAAAAAAAAAAACUAUGGAAGAUCCUGGUCUUGGGCCUCAAACAUUACAAAAAAUGACAUAUUUGAAUGAAUAGAUUCAUGGCUACCAUAAGUUUUCCCUGGCAUAACCCUGUUUCCUUUUCCCUCAUCUUGUUGUUGGCAUCCAUCUGUCUUGGGAGAUGAUGGAGGAGUAUGAAUUUGAGAAGUUCUAGGAGAGGCAGGAAUUAUUAAUAGUUUGGACUCUUGUGCUAGUCAAUUAAUUAACCUGGCUGUUUGUUUAUAUUUGGUGCUCCUGAUUAAAUUAUGGGGCCUAAUUAAAUGGGCAUUCUCCCAACAUUAUGAUUUAUUUGCUAUGGUUUAUUUAUAUACUGUACUUCUUUUUGGCCCAAAGGCUUCCACAACAGUGAACAGCAUAUUAAUACAAAAGAAGGAUACAAUAAAUAAAACUAUAUAUAUAUCCAAAUAUCUACCAACCACAUUCAUCCCUUACAUCAGCUAAUCUUGAAGUUCAGCCUCUAGCCUCACUCCUUGCCACACCCUCUCCUCAGUUGCAGUGACCUUUGAAGCAAUCUGUAACGGGAGAAGAACUAGAGGGAGCAAAUUAGUAAUCAGUUGGAUUACUUACCACCUAACUAAAAGGCAUGGAAAAACCUUAGGUUUACUCCAUCCUUCAACCACCUGUACCAUCAUGGGAUGGGAGAUAGGCCAAGAAGAGAAGAGUGAUAUUCUGAUGAAGCUGAGACUGGGGAGGCAGCUGCGAUAGGCCUGAGGGCCCCGUUUGCUUAUGAGCAUCCACCUGAGAGCUGAACUGGAUUCUUGUUAAUAUUGCCUAGGGUUUUUUUGGGGGGGGGGAGAGACUUCAUAAUUUGAGGAGGUUGUGGUAAUGAAAAUAAGAAUUUUCAAGUUGUGAGGUUGAGUUGGGAACUACACAUUGUUGUUCCAGUUGGACCUGGAAAUGCAGCAGGGAAGAUGCAAAGAGCACUCAUGUGACUUACAGCUGUCAUAAGACUUGGGGUUUUUUUAAAAAAAGAAAAAAACCCUACUCCACUUAGCCACCUUUCCUGAUAAAUGAAGGUAAACCAGUCCCUUUCCAAAUUCUUACAAACAUUUCCCACCCCCAAAACUUCAGGGGAGUUCUCCUCCCCACCCCUUCCCAAAUCACCAAAAGAACUUGUCAGGGAACUGACAUCGGAGCCAGAGGCGGAGGCUAGGCUCUCAAGCUGGAGAAGGGCCCAGCAGGGGGAGAGGCGGCUCACCAGCUGGGGAAAGAAAUCAGCGUAACACCAGGGAUAAAGGGGGGCAGAUGGGGGAAUCUGCGAGGGGGCUCCAGGACUCCUCGCCAGAGAUCAGCGAGGAGAGCACGGGUCCUCCACUACCCACGCCCUCCCUGCGCAGAAGGCUUCCGCGCAGGGAGAGUAGGAGGAGACUUGGAGUCAAACAACUUUUAUGCUGGAAAAGGUUUAAGAAACGCCCACUGACGGAUUCUGCUAGGGACUGAACAGCCACGAAGUGCAGGGCUGUUCAGACAGAAAAGGUUUAACAAGGCAACCUAGCCAGGAGUGGCACCAACUUGCUCACGAGCAACCCCUACAUUUAUUACAGAACUUGAGUGGAAAUGUUCAAAGAAUCAUAGAAGUGUAGAGUUGGAAUGUACAACAAGGUCAUCUAGUCCAAUCGCCUCCAAUGCUGGAAUCUUUUUGCUCAAUGUGGGGUUUGAACCCACGACUCUGAGAUUAAUAGUCUCAUGCUCUUCCGACUGAGCUAUCCCAGCUUCAGACCAUUUCUAAUUUGAACUAAAUCCUUUGCAUAGGAAGAGCUUAAAAUUAAACCUUAAUUCACAAGACAAUGAUUUUUCUUUAAAAACUGACUUAUCUGUGCCCCAAAACAUAUCUUCAGUUUUGCAACAAGGCAUGUUUGUACCAGUGUCUCUCCCAUUCACUUCAAUAGAACUUCUACAUUUGAACUUACUUGUGCUGUGUCAGCUACUUCAAUUAGUGUCUGUGCAUGGGGUAGGGGAAAGUAGCUGUUUUUGCCUUAGGCAUCACAAUGUCUUGGUCUCAGGCCAACCCUGCAUGAGGCACAGCAGAAGUCCCUACUCAUGCAUUUUAACUUCCCAGCCAUUUGAUGGUGGCUGUGGUGGGGAAGUCAGCUUAAUCCUGUGUGCUUAACUUCUCCAGUCUUCAGUGAAGACUUUUUAAAGACAGUCCCCUGUGCAAAGGCUGGACUUCUCCUUUUUGAUGAUGUGGGGAUGAGGAGAUCACUGCAUUAACAGAAGUAACAGAAAACUGUGGGAAAAGUUCCUCUAUCUAGCAACUCCUGCAUUUACUCGUAGGCCUAGGUUGGAAAUGGUUGCUUUCUAACAAUUUGAGGUUUCCUCCCUUCUAUAAAAAUAGUUUAUUUGUGUUUAAGGUAGAAUAAUAUUUAUAGACCAGCUAGAAGAAAGCAUUUGAGCCCUCAAAAGCAGCAUUUCUGCAAAGGAAACGCGAUCCUUGUGGUUGCAAUUCUGCCACUAUGUACAGGGUAAAGAGGUGCACUGUGAGAUCUGGCUGUGUAAAGUUUUAUAUACUAUACCUUGAGCUGUGUGCAAUCUGUGGAUGUCUAAAAAAUAGUCAAUGAAAUUUCUGCAUUUCCAUGCAUGGAACAUGGAACCUCUGGCCCAUUAGUUGUUGUUAGAUUACAACUUCCACAACCCCUAUACAUUGGCCAUGCUGUCUGGGGCUGAUGAGAGUUGAAAACAAACAGCAACUUAAGCGUCACAGUUUCUCUAUCGCUAUUCUGUGCCCAAAAAUAAUUUAUACAGAUUACCGUAAAUGUUUGUUUUUACAUUUAUGAUUAUGAUUAAUCAUCACCAUCGUUAAAUAAUUCUGUGGAGAAGGGAACUUUCCUCAGGGUCAGAAAAAUGGAAGGGCAGCCAAUUGCAAUGAAAUAGUGCUGUGGUGCAGGGGUGCCAAGUUGAAUAAAAUGUUGCAGGGACUGGUAAGCCCCAUCCUGCAUAAUCGAUCACAUGACAUGAUGUGCACACACACUAUUUGAAUGGCAAUGCCCAUCAACUUGGGGGGGGGUGUCAAAUAUUUUAUUGGGGGGCGAAGAACCCUCAGCCCCUAGGACUUGGCUCCUAUGCUGUUGUGUCACUUAGAAGCCAUGGUUACAGCAUUUGCUUGGUAGUAGAACAUAGAACAUGGCCUCAUGAUGGAACAAGGAUGAAAGCUGUAAUCCAUAACAUCUGGUGGGCACUAGGUUGAUGAAGGAUGCUCUAGUCAGUACUAUUCUUGUCCCUCUGCUCUGAACCUUCCUACUACCUGGAUACAAUUAAAAGACCUAUAACAAAAUGCUUUUUCACUGAAAACAAAUAAGCUAAGCCUGGGACACAAGGAUAUUUUGUGGCACAAUCUGAUGUAUGAAUACAAUUAAAGAAGAUUCAGAAAAUGGACUGUGGGCCUUGGGCCAUGAAUGUUGAUUAGGGUAGUUGGAUGUGACUGUGUACUUGCCUUUGUUUGAUAUUGCAGCACAUUCAAAAGGCUACAGUCUUCUAAAGAUGUGGCACUCAAACUGCAUACCAAAAUAUGACAAUUUUGGUUUCUCCCAAUUCCUCAUUUUUCCAUUCUUAAAUUUGGUUCUCCAUAUUUCUACAUCAGUUUGUGAUUUUUGUUUUAAUCCUCAUGAACAUUAAUCAGCAAUUUAGUGCAAAUUGCUCCUAAUAAACACAUUUUAUACACAAUUUUCCCCAAUAUACACAAUUUUGCAAAGCAAUUUCCCAGCAUAUAGAUUUGUGUAUGUUAUUUCCACUAAUAUUCAUUUAUAUGCACACUUUCUCCCAAUAUAUGGAUUUUUGUACACAUUGCUUGGCCGGAGAGCUGCACUGCAAAAUUCAAAGACAUACAAAUUUCAAAGGGUGGUUUGUUUCAGUUGCUGUAUUGUUUCUGAUAGUGCAAAUUAGGUAAGCUUUCUUUUAAAAGCAAACUGAAUCGAAUUUCUCCUCAAGCACAAAGAAAAGAUGCAUAAUGUCUGACAAGAUUCCAUGAGAAGCAGGCUUGCUUCUCGCUCCCACUAGAUAGCUUCCCCUUCAAUGUACAGUUGCAGGUGGAUGCUGAGUAUGUUCUUCUAGGUCACAGUCUCAACCAAGACCUAGCUAGACAGACCGCUUAAUGGUUUUUCUCUCUCCUGUUGCAGCAAUUGUAAUGUCCUGUAUGAUUUUUAAUUGUAUUUCUCUUGCUUCUUAUAUUUCUUAUAUUGUAUUUUAUUGUAUUACAAUUUGCGCUGCAUAGAAUUCAGUCCGCAACACCAUAAGAAAUGACAGGAGGAAUGAAAAUACAUUUUAAAAUCAAUAUUAAUAGUUGAUGCAGAUACACUGCAGACCAACUGAAUGAAUCUUGCUGAUGGUCCGUGGAUUACAAUUUGGGAACUCAUUCCCUAAAACAUGCUCUGGAAUAUUCUGCAAUAUGUUACAGUUCCAUCAAUCUUCCUGCAAGUAUUCCUUAGCAGACAAGUUGAUGGGGAAAAGUUUAAGUUGAUGGAAAGUUUAGUGAAUAAUACACAGUUUGAAAUACACUACUCUAGAGAGGCAGAUGUGCCUAGAAUUACAAGAUAUACUGAAGAACCAAUCUUCUUUCCCAUUACUCUUGCAGAAAUUGAGACUGGACAGUGCUUUUAGCCAGGAGGAAGCAAGUGGCCCAGGGAAGAAGAGGAAGGUCAGCAUGCCAGUCAACUCCAUUCUUGCAGCUCAGCAUCUAUGACUGCCAUGGACUGCUUUGCUUUGACUAUAAUGUGCUAGUAGGCAUCCUUCCUGUUUACUGUGUCUUCUAAUCUUUUACCUGCUUUAGUGAACUCUCCAUGCACAGAACAUAUCUAUAUUUUGAAGAGGCUAUAUCUAGUUUCCUGUUUUAAACCCUGUGUGGAAUAGACCUGCAUAUAUAAAUGUAUAGGGUGUAGUUACUUUGAUGUGUAUAGCUAAGCUAGAAUGAACCUACAUAGAUUCUAUACAGUUUGGGGGUGUUUGAAGUUGUUGUUUUUGCCACACUGAUAGAAACAUCCCCCAUUCUUUCCUUUCCAGUCAUUUCUAUAGAGCUUGUAUCUGUCACUUGGUUAUUAAUUGUCAUUUAAGAUGCCACAGUCUGAAAAUGCAAGUUGUAACUCAAACUAGCAGGAUAUACAGUAGUUGCUUCAUUAUCUACUUCCACUUCCCCAAGCAGUUGAAGGUUUUGGGGACAGUCACCAUAAGAUUCUAUUUAUUCUUUGUAGAUGAGAGUACUGGAGAUUUGCACUCACGCUCCAUAGUCUGUUAAUUUACAAAUAUUCAGGUAUUUAUCUGCCUUCUGUCCACAUAAAAAGUCUCAUCUCUCAUUCCCUGGCUCACCCCAGGCCAAAUUGUCACAUACUACACCUUUCCCCAGAGGGCAGGGCUCUUCAGACAACAGCCCCAUUUCCUCUCCAUUAAGUGACACUGCCCCAAAGUGCUUCAUCACAAAGCACAUAGUGUGGAAUUGUUACACUUGGUUCAUAUUUUAGGGGGAAUCUACAUCAGACCGUAGAAUAUCUGAUGCUUUUUAAAAGAAUUGAAGAGCAAUGCCGUCCCUGCAAGUAUAGACUACUUUAGCACUUCUGUCUGUUUAACAGUUCUAGUUAUGAUAUGUGCCGGGGAAUCUAUUGCCACUUUACACCAUUUAAAUUUGUAUUCUAUUUAGUGCUAGAAUACUCUUCCAUCUAUAUUUCUUUUAAAAAUGAACAUAUGCAUGCAAUAGUGCUUAACUGAAAUACAGUUAUAGGGGUGAUUAUAAAACUGAUUUUAAAAAAAUCAUUUUUCUUCACCAUUAAUUUUAGCACUUCUUAUUUUUUUCCAGUCAUCCUAAAACACUUCAUAAUAUUUAAAAACAUUUAUAUUAAUUCCUUCCUUUUUGAAUAUUCUUUAUACACCAACUAUAUUAAUCUAUAUAUGCUAAAUAUAACGCAGCAUGAAACUGUGUGUGUGUGCAUGCAUAUAAAUAUAAAUGGUUUCUAUACUAAUAUUACAAAGAAAAUGAAUAUAUGUAUUGUAAAUAGAUAAAUAAAUAAAUAAUUGGCAAUUUCAAAAUGU